AUGCCUCUGGGAACGCUUGAAGUUCUUCUUGUUGAUGCCAAAGGCCUCGACAACAACGAUUUUCUGGGUAACUCUCUCUCUCUCUCUGUCUCCCUCUCUGACAUGGAUCCCUAUGUCCUUUUGACUCUAAGGACCCAAGAGAAGAAAAGCAAUGUGGUCUCAGGUCAAGGAUCUGCACCAGAAUGGAAUGAAACCUUUGUAUUUACGGUCUCUGAUGAUGUCUCCGAACUUCACUUGAAAAUAAUGGAAAAGGAUAAUUUCAGCGCAGAUGAUUUUGUUGGAGAAGCAACCAUUUCAUUAGAGCCCAUUUUCACUGAAGGUAGCAUUCCACCAACUGCAUAUAAUGUUGUCAAUCAGGACAAAGAAUACCGUGGAGAGAUUAAAGUUGGACUCAGAUUCACUCCUGAGCCUGAGCAAAACGACGGUGCAUCUGGGGAAUAUGGAAGAAAUGAUGGUCCAUCUGGGGGAUAUGGAAGAAACGACGGUCCAUCUGGGGAAUAUGGUGGUUCCGAGGAGGGCUACGGUGGAUGGAAACAAUCAUCUUACGUGGAGGAGUAG